AUGUGGUCCAUAUCUAUCCAGCCAUCUAUCUAUCUACUCUACAUAUAUAACAGAACCAUCUACCCCGGGUCAAUCCACUGUACCAGAACCUUCCUCUACAUAUAUAACAGAACCAUCUACCCCAGGUCAAUCCACUGUAUCAGAACCUUCCUCUACAUAUAUAACAGAACCAUCUACCCCAGGUCAAUCCACUGUAUCAGAACCUUCCUCUACAUAUAUAACAGAACCAUCUACCCCGGGUCAAUCCACUGUAUCAGAACCUUCCUCUACAUAUAUAACAGAACCAUCUACCCCAGGUCAAUCCACUGUAUCAGAACCUUCCUCUACAUAUAUAACAGAACCAUCUACCCCAGGUCAAUCCACUGUAUCAGAACCUGGCCUCUACAAUAUAACAACCAUCUAUCCAGGUCAAUCCACUGUUCAGAACCUUCCUCUACAUAAAUAACAGAACCAUCCCAGGUAAUCCACGAUCAACUGCCUUAAUAUAUCAGAACCAUCUCCUCACGAUAUAUAACAGAACCAUCUACCCCAGGUCAAUCCACUGUAUCAGAACCUUCCUCUACAUAUAUAACAGAACCAUCUACCCCAGGUCAAUCCACUGUAUCAGAACCUUCCUCUACAUAUAUAACAGAACCAUCUACCCCAGGUCAAUCCACUGUAUCAGAACCUUCCUCUACAUAUAUAACAGAACCAUCUACCCCAGGUCAAUCCACUGUAUCAGAACCUUCCUCUACAUAUAUAACAGAACCAUCAAUACCCCGUCACCACUGUAUCAGAACUCCUCACUUAUACAGACAUUCCUCACUAUCAUAACUACAUAUAUAACAGAACCAUCUACCCCGGUCAAUCCACGUAUCAGAACCUUUCCCCUACAUAUAAACAGAACCAUCUACCCCAGGUCAAUCCACUGUAUCAGAACCUUCCUCUACAUAUAUAACAGAACCAUCUACCCCAGGUCAAUCCACUGUAUCAGAACCUUCCAGAGCUCUGCUGUUUCACUACAUGUCUAUGGAGCUCCUGGCAUCAGAACAAGUGGCAAAGCUAGAUCAGACAGUGUCAAAGUAACAGACCCAGGUGCUUUUUAAAGGAAAUACAAACCAUGGUGGGGUGAUGUGAGGGGGUGACAUGUCCAAUAAAAAAGAGGAAACCUUCAAAAACAGUCUAACCACGAGUGCAGGAAACUAAAUAAACAGAAAUGACUGCAUUGGCAGUCACCACCAUCUCUCCUUCCUUCAUUCGUCUCCCUUUUCCUCUCACGCCCAUCCCACUCCUCCUCUCCUUCUCCCUACCUCCUUCCUCCUCCUCUCCUCCAUCUCUCUCCUCCUCCCUCCCUCCUUCCUUUCUUCCCUCCCUCCCCCUCCCUCUCUCUAAUCAUUAGUUAUAGGAUCAUAUACACAGAUUUGGCCUCAGGACAGAGAUGUGCGGUGAUUGGUCGACCUGGCUGUGAGGUCACUUCCUGUAGGGUGAGUGGUGGGGGUCGUCAGAGUGUGUCUUGGGGGGCGAGACAGGGGGGCAGGAGUGGGACUUAAUGCUGUUGUGUUUACUGACUGCCUCGUCGAAGUCUAACAGCCGACCGUUGAUGUUGACGUCCAGACAGCCGUGGUAGUAGGCUGACACUGGGGUGGAGGAGGCUGGGAUAGUAUCUGGAGACGGACGGACGGAGGGAGGAAGGGAGGGGAAGGGGGGAAGGGAGGGAGGGAGGGAAGGGAGGGAGGGGGGAAGUGGGGAAGGGAGGGAGGGAGGGAAAGGAGGAGGGGGGGAGGGAGGGAGGGAGGGAGGGGAAGGAAGGAAGGAAGGAAGGAAGGAAGGAAGGAAGGAAGGAAGGAAGGAAGGAAGGAAGGAAGGAAGGAAGGAAGGAAGGAAGGAAGGGAGGGAGAGGGAGGAGGGAGGGAGGGAGGGAGGGAGAGAGGGAGGGAAAGGGGGAGGGAGGGAGGGAGGGAGGGAGGGAGGGAGGAGGGAGUGA